UUUAUUAACACUGAUAUUUGUAACUAAAUUUGAGUUUUUGUUAUAAAAGACAUAUUAUCAUGCUGUAAUAUUUAAGCUGUUUAUAACAAGAAAUAUUAGCAAUUAAAAGUGAUUUACAUUUAUAAAGUAUAAAUAUACCCUUGGACAGAAAUUAUGAGAAUAUAUAUAGAAAAUAUUUAUUAAAUUCGUUUCAACAAGAGUAUUUUAUUUUAUGGGGCUAUCUCCUGUAUAUUGUAAAAAAGUCUCCUUAUCAACUGACUGAAGAAAAGGCAUCUAAAGUUGAAAAUAUUUUAGUAAAAGUGAAUAGAAUUGAUGCUGCUUAAGUAAUUAGAAUUGCAUUUUCUUACUUGGAUACAAUUGCAUUGCCAAUAUCUUAUGACACUUGGUGUUUACCUAAGAUAUUACUUAAGAAAAGGCUGCCUGACUUCUUUAAACUAGUUUCUACUCCCACUGUGAAAAGCUGAAGAAAGGCAUUUACAUUGUUAUUAGACUAUAAUAUUGAUUGGUAUUUAAAUGUGAUGUUUGAUUGUUAUUCAUUUAUUACAUUGUAUAACUUAAAUGUAUUGAUAGUAGCUUAAAUACUUUUAAUGCCUAAUUGCUGAUAACUUAAAUAUUUCUUUUGGAAUACUCAAUCAACAGGAAAAUAUUGUAGAAUUUUUGUUGUAGCUUUUUCAAAAAGUUUUUUCUAAGUCUAAAACAGUAAUAGGAACUAAAAUCAAACUUAGUACACACGUAUAAAACCGUAUCAUUACACCUCAUAUAAAUAUCUUCAUUAAGGUAAUUAAACUAUACAAGGCUUAUUAAGACGUAGCAGUCAGUAUGAGUUAAAAAGACAGAACGUGCCUAAAACUCAUACAGAAAAGAAUCUUCAUUUUUUUAGAGUAUGUAGUAUAGUUUUUUUCGCAGCAGGAACACGUAACUAGACACAGUCACACUCGUCAUUUGGAGCAACUUUAUUCUUAUAGUGUGUGUAAUAAGAAAGUUUUAGUGAAGAUGAAUUUAAAUCAACAUGAUAGCACACACACUAUUCAAAAUCUUUAUUCUUGUGACAUAUGUAGCAAAAGUUUUUCACAAGAGAGAACAUUGUCUAUGCACAGAUGUGUUCAUACGGGUGAAAAACCUUAUUCUUGUAGUGUAUGUGAGAAGAAAUUUUCAAGUAAUAGGUGUUUAACUUGUCACCUUCGCACACACACUGGUGAAAAGCCAUAUACUUGUGACUUAUGUCAAAAAAGAUUUGCAACAAGAAGUGAACUGUCUGUGCACAGUCGUGUUCAUACGGGUAAGAAACCUUAUUCAUGUAGUGCAUGUGAUAAGAGAUUUUCAAUUAAGAUUAAUUUAACUCGUCACUUUCGCACACACACUGGUGAAAAGCCUUAUACUUGUGGCUUAUGUCAUAAAAGUUUUGCAGCAGGAAGUGAACUGACUAAGCACAGUCGUGUUCAUACAGGUGAGAAACCUUAUUCUUGUAGUGUAUGUGAGAAGAAAUUUUCAAAUAAUAGGAGUUUAACUUAUCACUUUCGCACACACACUGGUGAAAAGCCAUAUACUUGUGACUUAUGUCAAAAAAGUUUUGCAACAAGAAAUGUACUGUCUGCGCACAGUCGUGUUCAUACAGGUGAGAAACCUCACUCUUGUAGUGUAUGUGGUAAGAAAUUUUCAAGUAAGGCGGAUUUAGCUCGUCACUUUCGCACACACACUGGUGAAAAGGCUUAUACUUGUAGUGUGUGUAAUAAGUGUUUUUCGCAGAAAUCACAUUUGACUCGACACAUUAGCACUCAUACUGGUAAAAAAACUAUAUUCUUGUCCCAUAUGUAAUAAAAGUUUUUCACAUAACAUUACAUUGCGUGUGCAUAGUUGUCUUCAUACUGGCGAGAAACCAUAAUCUUCUAAUGUAUAUAACAGGAGUUUUUCAACAAAGACAGUACUAAUUUAUCACAGUCGCGUUCAUUCAAGGAAAGAACCUUAUUUUUCUAAGACACAUUUAGAAAUCUUUUACUGAAAUUUACCCUAUCUGUCAUAAGUUUUGUUUAUAUUUUGCUAAGUGUAAAAAUUUGUUAUAAAAGAUUUUACAUUAUAGUGGUUUAGCUGUUCACAACUAUUUUUAUUGUUCUUCAAAUUCUUAUUCUUGUUUGUAUAAAGAGUUUUGUGAAGAUUCUAAUAAAACUGCUACAAAGUAAAAAUA